CAUAUGUCACUCUGGUAGCGUCGGACCAUAACAGAGCCGAUGCAGUCAAGUUGCGCUGCUCCUUAUCCCUCAACAUGACAGCACUCUUCUGCCCCAUGUACGGAGGGCUUUCGGACGUUACGGAUGCCGACCAAGUGAUUCAGGAAAUCUGUGACCAUGUGAAGUCUCGAGUUGAGCAAAAAACCGGAAAGGCUUACAGCGUUUUCAGCGCCAAAAGUUGCAGAUCGCAGAUCAUCGCCGGGACCAAUUACUUCAUCAAGGUGCACGUGGGAGGAAACGAGCACGUCCACCUUCGCGUCUACCAAAGUCUAUCCCUCACCGGGACGGGGCCGGAGCUGAUCAGCGUCAAGGAGUUCAAGACGCACGAUGAUGAAAUUGACUACUUUGAAUGACAGUCGCUGAGAGAAGCCUCCCCUUGUCUGUCUAUACGGCGACUAGUACGUUGAGGGGGAACAAAAAGUAAUACAGUCAGAAUCAUGUGUGAUGCACUGGCCAUCACGAUCGACAUUUAUACAAAUUCAUUUAACAAUAAAAAAAGAUUGAUGCUG